GGCUAGUCAGAACGGGGCGGGUGCUUCCCGUUCACCGUGCUGCAGGCUCCAGUGGACCCAGGCUAGAGGGAAUUUCUGUGGUUCCGUAUUCUCCUUUCUCCGUUGUGACCGCUGCCCGGAGCUGUGAGGAGAGCAGGGCGAGCUCGGAACCCGCUAUGGAUGAGGAUUAAGCAAGAUGGUUUACAGAAUGUCUGGUUCAAUGCAUACAGCGGAGGAAUGCCCUGAUGAUAUCACAGUCACUGAUCACUCCAUAGAAGAAGCAGAAAGGUUUAUGAAUUCAUGAACCACCAUGCUGCAGAAUGAGAACUGGGGUACCUGAACCAAUGUUCCCGUCCAAGAACAUCAUGCUGCACUCUGAGAAGGGAAAGAAGAUUUGGUGACGACUGGAUGCAGUGACCUAGGAGGAUGUGCAUGUGAACUUCACUCAUGAAGAGUGGGUUUUGCUGGAUCCUUCCCAGAAGAGUCUCUACAAAGAUGUGAUGCUGGAAACCUGUGAGAACCUCACUGCUAUAGGUAUAUCAUCUGUCACUCUGGAUCCAAACCAUGUGAAUAUAAGGGAAACAAGAAGCAUUGUACUCCUGUCUUUCUCAGAACAAUUGGAAGAGAUGUAGUAGUCCCCACCACGAGAAGACGUGAUAACCGUGAAACAAAUUUACAGUUAACUGAUUUUCCAACGUCUGUGGGAAUACAUCAGCAAACUCUCAUUGGAGAAAAGUCUUGUAAUUGCAGUGAAUAUGAAACUUUGACUGUCUCUUCUGGUUUACUUUGCACAUGUAGUGUUUAUCACAGUACGAGAAAAUGUUAUGCAUGGAAUCAGUGUGACCAAACUUUGAGUUCUCUUCAAAGAUGUGAAAAAACUCUUAUGGGAAGAGGAAGUAAUAAAUGCAAACCAAGUACUAAAGGGUUUAGCUCUCACAGAUGUCUUCAAACACAUAAAACAACCAGUGAUAAAGAUGAUCUCUAUGAAUGUAAUCAAUGUGAUAAAGUCUUUAGAUCUGAUUCUUCUGUGAAAGCAUACCAGAGAACUCACUUGGAACUAAAACCCUGUGAAUAUAGUAAAAGUGAUCAAGACUUUGCAUGUCACAAUCUUCAUCAAGUUGGUAGAAUUUAUAUUAGGGAGAAAAGAUAUGAAUAUGAUAAAUAUCAUAAAGCUUUUGCACGUCCCAGAUAUCUUCAAAUACAUAAAAGAAGUAAUUCUGGAGAAGAACCCUAUGAAUGUAAUCAAUGUGGUAAAACCUUUGCCUAUAAAAGCCUUCCUCAAAUACAUGAAAGAAUUCAUACUGGAGAGAAACCCUAUGGAUGUAAUCACUGUGGUAAAGCCUUUGUAUAUAAAAGUGAUCUUCACAGGCAUGUAAGAAACCAUACUGGAGAGAAACCCUAUGAAUGUAGUCAGUGUGGUAAAGCCUUCGCACAGAACAGUUAUCUUCAAAAACAUGAAAGAAGUCAUACUGGAGAGAAACCCUAUGAAUGUAGUCAGUGUGGUAAAGCCUUUGCACAUAACAGUCAUCUUCACAGGCAUGAAAGAAUUCAUACUGGAGAGAAACGCUAUGAAUGUAGCCAGUGUGGUAAAGCAUUUAAGUAUAAGAGUAGUCUUCACAAGCAUGAAAUAAAUCAUACUGGAAAGAAACCCUAUGAAUGUAGUCAAUAUGGUAAAGCUUUUGCAUGUCACAGUAAUCUUCACAGGCAUGAAAGAAGUCACACUGGAGAGAAAUUCUAUGGAUAUAACCAAUGCGGUACAGCCUUUGCAUACAAAGGCUGUCAUUUUCAGAGGCAUGAAAGAAGUCAUACUGGAUAGAAACACUAUGGAUGUAGUCAGUGUAGUAGAGACAUAUCAUGUAACAGUCACCUUCAAAUAAAUGAAAGAACUUAUUCUAUGAAUGCAGUAAGUUUGGUAAUAUCUUUGCAUAUAAAAUCAUCUUCACAGUCAUGAAAGAGGUCAGACUUGACAAAAACCCUAUGAAAGUAAUCAAUGUGGUAAAGUCUUUGUAUGUUGCAGUAAACAUCAAAAGCAUGGAAAAUUUUACACUAGUGAAUAUCCCCAUGAACCUAAUAAAAGAACCUUUUAUUCCACAUACA